AUAGCAGUAAUACAUCAGAUCACAUCUGCGUACGCAAGGGUCUGAAGGAAAGAGCUUAACUGAACCCAUUAUGGGGGACACUAAGCUCUGCCUUUUGCUGCUUCUAAGUGGAAUAGUCUUGACAAAUGCUCAAGAUGAGGAAUUACCAUGCCUUUUGGCCAAAAGGUACAAGAGCUUCCACAAGUAUGAAUACACCUACGAAACAGAGUCCCUAAAUGUCCUGAAUGAAGCAACCAAUGGACCCAAAGCAAGAUGCAAGGUUGAAAUUGAGGUCCCACAUACAUGCAGCUACAUCGUACGCACAACGGAGUGCGAAUUGAGUGAGGUGACUGAUGUUGACGCAGAAGGAAAGCCUAUCUUUGGGCCAUCUGCUGGUGCAGACGAUUUCAAGGCUGCCAUGGAGAAGAACCCACUGAAGUUCACCGCUGAGGGAGACGAUGACAUCAAGUUGUUUCCUGAGGAUGAUGAACCAGUCAAUAUUUUGAACAUCAAGAGAGGUCUAAUCUCUGCCCUUGCUGUGCCUGUGCUGGAGGAGGACAGAAACAGGAGAAUGCCCACUAUCUACGGUAUGUGUAAGACAGGCUACACCGUGAAUGCCAGAGAGAACAUUGCCACCGAUGUCACCCUCAACAGAGACCUGUCUAAAUGUGACAAUUUCAGGCCGGUCAGGGACCACACCAGUCCCCUGGCCCUUAUCACAGGCUUGCACUACCCACUUGCUCAGCUCAUCACAAGCAACCAAACCUGCAACUACAAGUUUGAUAAUGCACAGAAACAUAUGACCUCUGCUUCCUGCACUGAAAACCACAUGCUUGUGCCUUUUUCUUACAAAGGACAGUAUGGAGUUACUAAUGUAGGAAAACAAGUCUUGACUCUGGUGGGAGUGUCUGUGCACAAUGACAGAAUCUUUGGGCAUGCUGUAGCCAACAUGAAGACCCUGCACCUUGAUAGAAGCAUUGACUCAGUCCAUCCAAUUAAGGAUAAAGAGGUCAUGCUGUCUGUUCUACGGGAACUGGCUGGCCUUUCUGAGACCAACAAUGGACACAACAGAGCCCACCUAGCUCACAAGCUCAUCGCUACAAUCCGCAAAAUGAAUUCUGAAAGCCUGAGCGCUGCUCUACCGGAGGCCCUGGAGAUUUCUCGCUCCCUGGUGUACCAGGCAUUGUUCCAGUGUGGCACGCCAGAAUGCACUAGCUCCAUCUUGCAGGUUCUCAGGACCUUUGACCGUUCCUCUUUAGAGAUUGAUGCUGCAGUGUAUGCCAUGGGAAUGGUUCCCAACCCAUCCAGAGACCUUGUUGAGGAAAUGCUGAAGAUGGCCAAGUACAAGGACAGCAAACCCAUCUACUAUGCUCUCAGCAAUGCUGUCAGGAGGCUCUAUGAAGCUGAAGGAAGUGUCACCCCUGAGAUUCAGGCAGUCGCUGAGUACGCCCUUGAACAGAUUGGUGACUGCACAGGCGACCAGGAACAUGUGUACCUGUCCCUGAGGGUCAUUGGAAACAUGGCUGCUGCCGUCGGAACCGCAAGCCCUGCUCUGAAAUCAGCGAUUAUUCAAUGUGUAAACCAACCUGCUGCAUCCCCAGAGGUCCAGCAAGCUGCUAUUCAAGCUUUUAGACUCACUUCUGUCCCUGAUGAGGGAAGAGAGGUGUUAAUGAAGGUCAUUUUUGACGGAGCCGCUCCCAUACAGAAGCGCAUUGCUGCGUAUCUCAUUGUGAUGAAGGACCCUCAGCCCUCUGAACUGGCUCAGCUGGUUGCUGCUCUGCCUAAAACUGAAAACUGUCAGGCUAUGAGCUUUAUUAACUCGCAUAUCAGCAACAUCCUGAGAUCCACAGCAUCUGAGACUAAGCAACUUAGAGAGAAGAUUCUCAAUGCCCUCCAAGGCAAUGAGAUCAGAACUUCCACAGAUCCAACAAAGUACUCGCGCAAUUACAAGAUUGGCUCUCUAGAGGGAAAUGUGAUCUUCGAGUCUGAAGACCUUCUGCCCAAUGAAGUCAUCCUGGAGAUGACCCUGAAUGCUUUUGGAUAUGACGUAGACAUGUUUGAGAUCGGGUUGAAUGGCAAGGGACUGGAACCCACUGUUGAUGCUUUAAUCGGUAUUGAUGGAUUCUUCCGUGACACCAUGCAGAAGACAAUUAACUACGCAGCUGAUAAAGUGCCCAGGGGCAAUGACUUUAUGCAGAGCAUGUUCCCAACCCUAUGGGAUAAAAUAAAAAUGCAACAGGCUCCUCAAAGCAUUGUCAAGGAAAUAAUGGAUAAUGUUAACAAGCUCAUCCAGAAACUGAAGGUUCAGGAUAACCCAGAGGCUAUGAUCUACCUGAGACUUCUGGGUGCUGAAAUGGGCUAUCUCAAAACCAAGGAUAUGGAAGGCAUGGCCAACUCUGCUGCUUUGCUGACUAAUAGACUCUUAAAUAUGUUCCCUGUUGAUUUCAUAAGGAACCUUUACUCAAGUGUCAACAACAACCUUUUCCUUCACUACACCUUCAUGGACAAUGAGUUUUAUCUACCCACUGGUACUGGAGUUCCAUUAAGAGUUGCCCUGUCUGGUACUUUUGCUCCAGGAGUGAAAGGAGGACUGAAAAUUGCCCCUGAUAUGAGCGAAAUGGCUUUCAUGCCAUCUGUUGGAGUAGAGUUUGUGACUGAGUUUGGAGCUCUCUUACCGGACUAUGUUGAGUCUGGCCUGGAGAUGCAUACUAACAUCUACCAUGAGAGCGGUCUUAAAGUAAAGGUUUCUGUAACCAAAAAGCAGCUCAAACUGACCUUUCCCACACCCCAAGCUCCAACAAAACUCAUUAGUGUGACUAACUCCUUGUUCUCAGUGACUGGUACUGAAACAAAGACUAUCCCUCCGCUGAUGGAACAUGUCAAAGCACAGAAAUGCACUCCUUUCUUCCCUGGUUUUAAGUACUGCAGUGCCCUGCAAUAUUCAAAUGCCUUUUCCAGUGAUGCCUCUCCCUACUUCCCCUUGACUGGUGACAGCAAAUUUGCCAUUGAGAUCCACCCCACUGGUGAGGUUUCUGCAUACACAGCUACUGUCGACCAUGUUUAUGAAGACAAAGUUGACACGGUGACUUUUGGUCUGAAGGCAGAAGGAGCAUCAUUUGAGGGCACAGCAAAACUGAUGUUCGACAGACAGAAAUACAGUGUCUCAGCUGAUCUCCAAAUUCCUGAUUAUGACCUUGAAGCUGGAAUUCGGGUUCAUUCUGUUGAACGCAGCACUCAGAGCAGGGCCACACAUUCCAUUCAGCUUGACUUCAUUAACAAGAAUAUACCUGAGGCAUCUCUUGUUGCCCUUGCUAAGACAGAGUCAAUGAAGGAUGCCAUGCUGCAGGUUCAGCUGCUCAUUCCUCAUUUUCAGACUGAUGCUAAAGUGACUGCGCAACUGAAACACGCUGAGGGUCUUACAGUAGAGCUUGAAAGUGACCUUAGGCUGCCGGAGACAACUUCCUCUAUUCAGAAAGUCAUUCUGAAAUAUGAUGCUGAGAAGAUUGAGGCUGAGGUCACUUCUGAUGUCAGCACUGAGAUUCACAACCUUAUUCCUAUGGAUGCCAUCAAAGCCACAGUCAGUGACCUGCUUGAUCAGAAGAUUGGUACAUCUGAUAUGAAGAUCCGUGAUGUCUUGAUCCAGUCAGUUGAGACCUCAAAUAACUACCUGGAACAAUUAGCCGCUGACAUCCCAUAUGUCCAGGGCUUUAGGAUUCCUGCCCUCCCAGAAUUCACUGUCCCUGAGAAGCUUUUCCUGAAUGCUGAGGGUUCUGCUAAAUACGAGUUUGGCCAGAAUUAUUAUACCAUCUCUAUUCCCAUUCCUCUUGGUGGGAAAUCUUCUGGAGAUUUCAACUUCCCUGCUGCCCUGACCACACCAAAACUGGUAGUACCUCAGCUUGGCCUGGAAGUUGCUUCCAUUAGCAUUCCUCUUCCAGAGGUCUUUGUUCCUGAGAGUCUGUCUGUGUCAGUGCCUCACACGAUAAAGGCAGAGAUGUCCAGCAAGCUAAGCAGCAACUUCUACAACAUGGAGGCAACAGCUUCUGCUGGCAGGGAACUUGGUGACAAACCAAGCUAUUCUGCCAAGAUUGAAGCCACUGGAACUAGCCCAGUGGAUCUCCUCUCCUUCAAAGUGGAAGGAUCUGCUUUAGUGGAAGAAACACCUGGGGAAUCUCUGAGGGCUGAGAUGAAAUCCUCUUUUGAUCACAAGCUAAUUGAAGCCAGUGUUAAUCAUGUUGAGGAAGUGACAACUGCUGAAAAAAUCAAAUUUAAGUCAAGCAGCAAGAUUGAGGCGAACAGUCCCUUGGGUCUGAAGAUUUCACUGGAACACACAGGCCAGGUUGGAGUCAAUGAGUAUGAGAUCUCUGGAGAUGGAAACCUGAUGGGCUCCAUCAAGGCUGGUCCUCUGAAUGGUGAAGUUGCUCUCAGUCAGUCACUUAUCGUACUCCCAUUUAAGCCAGAAGCGAAAAUCAAUUCCGCUCUGAAAGUAGACUCAGACCUUUUCCAAGCAGAGAAUACAAUCGAAGUGGCGCUUGCCAAUGGAGAGUUCUCUGUUAUAUCAAAAACAACUGCAUUUAAGAACAAUCUGAUACAUGAUGCUGAAAUUACCUAUAAAGGGUCUCUACUUGCUCUGAAGUCAGAUACAAGGGCAAAGGUUCUCAGUUUAAACAUCCAAAAUGUAGCUGAGGCAAGUGCCAGUCCUGAUUUGGUCAACAUUAAGAUUGACACUAAUGCUGACACUUCUGCUGGGGAUGAAAAUCGUGUCCUUUCCCAGUUUAUAGCAACACUGGAUGCCAAUGGGCUGGAUGUAAAAGGUGAUGCCUCCGCAAAUCUGAUUGCACACACAGCUUCCCACAAGUGCAGCCUAUCCCUGACCAAGGAUGGCCUAGCCAUGAGUGGCACAACCUCACUGGAAAGCCCUCUCAUUCCUUUGACACUUGAGAACAAAUUCAACGGAGACCUUGACACAUCAAAGCUUUCCUUGUCAGCUGAGACGAAGGGUAAAUUUAUUGAAAUGCUAAUUAAAAAUACAAAUUCUCUGUCUGCAUCCCUGUCCUCGGUAGCUUUCAACUCCAUAACGGAUCUUGAUGGCGACGAUGUAAAUUAUAAUCAUGACAUCUCCAUUCAGAUUGAACCAUAUAGUAUUUCAGUGGCAAUCAAAAAUAAUCUGGAUGUUCUGGAUAUCACUUUGGUUAAUGAUGCCAAGUUUAAGGCGCUUCCAUACACAGCUGACCUGAGUGGCUUUUGGAAGCUUUCCUCUGGUGCAGAUGAGCUGAAGCACACAUAUGAUAUCAGAUACGAAGAUCUGGCUGUCACUGCCAAGUGUGGUACUACUGGAAAACUCAUGGGAUCUCACAUGAGCCACAACACAGAAAUUGAGGUUGCUGGACUUUCAGUCACAUUCGGCAGUGAUGCACUUUUAAACUCACAAUACCUACGCUUCAAUGGUAACUUUCAUGCCACUGCUGUUCCCUUCAGAUUCAAUGUUGACGCCAUAGCCAAUACAGACGGUGAUUUGUAUCUGUAUGGAAAACAAAGCGCACAAGUUUACACUAAACUUCUUUUGAAGGCAGAACCACUUGCUUUUGCACACUCACACGAAUGUAGAGUCUCAACAACUCACAAUUUGGACAACGGUCAAUCAAUUGAAAUCAACCUUGACAAUAAGAUUGAUACUGUGCUGACACCAUCUGAGCAGCAGGCCACAGUGAGAGUAAAAUCUAAGGUUAACAACCAUUUGUUCAACCAAGAUGUGAGUGCUUACAACAACCCUGAAAGACUUGGAGUAGAACUGUCUGGAUCCAUCAUCACAAACCUCUUCAAUAGAGUCGACUCUGAUAACCAAGACCACUUUUUCUCAGCCUUCCUAAAAUACGAUAAAAACACUAACAGCCAUGUCUUUAGCCUGCCAUUUAUUCAGCAUUUUCCUUUGGAUCUGCAACACAUCAAACUUACAAUUUUAAGGAUUGCUGAGGCCGUGCAGUAUUAUAUCAACCGAGAAGACAUUAUUGCUGAGAUUCAGAACCUGGCUAAGUACAUUAGUGAUUCUGUGAAUGAGCUAAAUCUGGAGGGGAAAAUCAAAAAGAUGAGCGAAGACCUGAUUGCUGUUUAUGAGAAGUAUGGAUUUACUCUGGAUGACCUGGAGGCUGCUCUGAUGAAUCUAAAGCCUGUUUUGUUGAAGCUAGUCAGUGAACUGGACACUCGUGUAGAAGAGAUAGAAAGAAUUGUGAGAGAAAUGAUUGCAAGUGGCACACUAUCUGACACUGCAAUACAGAGACUAACAGAAGAACUGAAUGCAUUCAAUGAUAAAUAUGACAUCAGAGCCAUAGUUCUUGCUGUCAUUGAAGCUACUGAAAAUUUAAUUGAGCAGAUUGAUGUAACGAGACUGAAGGGCAGCGGCAGUGCACUCUUGCGAGAUCUUGAGGAACAAUAUGCUAUUAAAUCCACACUGGAGAAGAUUUUGAGUGAACUGAAGCAGUUUGUUGCAAACUUUGACCAAGGAAAGUUCAUUGAGGAUGUGAAGAACUUCGUUACCUCUGCCAACUUCAAAGACUAUGCAGACAAUUUGGUGGCUCAAAUCCCUACAGAGGAAAUCCGCAAGACUGCUGAAAAAGCAAAACAAGUGCUUACUGUACUGGGAGGGAAGCUAAAUGCCAUCUACAGCAAUGUGAGAGAAAUCCUGAUGAAAUUUGGGGUUGACAAGAAGAUUGAAGCAAUUCUGAAAGAGGUUGUUGAACUUAUUAAGAAGUUCAAUAUUGAAGAAACUGUUAAGGUUCUUGCUGGCAAUUUGAAAUCUGUUCUGACCCCCAUCACAGAGCUGCUGGAUAAGGCCAUGACCUACUUGAAAACAACAGAGGUAAAGGAAAUCAUUGAGCAUUUAAACAACUGCCUAAACCAAUGCAUCAGAUAUGUUAGAUCAUUUGACUACAAUGCAUUUGUGGAUGAAGCCAACCAGAAAGUCAAGGAGUUGAUAAAUGACCUUUACACCAUGAGUUUGUCACUUGAGAUCCGGCAAAAGCUCGAUGCAAUCAGAGAAUUUUUCAAUUAUGCUCUGUCAUCUCUUACUGCUUGCCUUGAGGAGCUGAAAACAAUCAAAGUUGCAGAUGUGGUCAAAAACCUCAAGGACAUUGUUGAUAGUGCAGUCUACAUUGACACUGGGGCACUUAUAGAGAACAUCAGGAAGAGAAUUACAGACAUGGAUAUCAGAGAAGAAAUCAUGCGGCAAUUGAGUGGUAUCUACACGAAGGUAGAGGCCAUUGCAACAGAUGCAUGCAGUGCCAUUAUGGAAAUAAUCCAAACCAUCCUUAAAGAUCAGGAAAUUGUCAAUGAGAUGAAGCAAUUCUGUGAUGGAGUCAAGACAGCACUGAAAACAGCUGAAUUUGAGAUCCCAUCUUUCACUUUCCCACUCACAAACCUUGUUGUACCUUCCAUAAAAAUAACUUUAGAAAAGCUUCAGGAAUUCAGCCUCCCUUCUACACUGAUUGACCUUCCAGAGUUUACCAUUCUGCAAUAUUACACCAUGCCUCCAGUCAGAAUAGAGUAUGAUGAUAUCAGGCAGGGACUACUAGACCUAUUAGACUUUAUUGCCAAUUAUGAAAUGCCACCUGUUGAUGCCUUCUUUGGCGACCUAAGAAUUAUCUAUCUGCCAGAAAUCUCUGCCAUCACACUGCCAGAGAUCAGUUUUCCAGAGAUCUCCCUCCCUGAAAUUCCUAAAUACUUUCCGGAUCACAAAUUCCCAGACCUGAAGAUCCCAGAAUUCACUCUCCCUGCAGUCCCUAGUGAGGUCAUGAUGCCAUGCUUCGGAAAGCUGUAUGGUGAGGUUAGGGUUACCAUUCCAAUUUUCAACAUGAGAACUACCAUGGAAUUCUUAAACUCUACUGAAAGUGCAGAAACACCUCAAUUCACUGGGCACAUUACCUCACAUGGAUCAUCUGAAUAUGACAUUCUUAAAUACAGCUUGGAUUCCACAGCUCGGAUUGCCAUCCCUAAGAUGAGUCGUGUGAUUGUUUCUGAAACCCUGAAGAUCACUCACAGUGUCCUAGCUGUUGAACAUCAAUCCUCAGUGUCACUCUAUGGCUUCUCAGCCCAGGCUGUGUCCAAGAGCAAUGUGAAGAUAACUAUCAACUCCCUUAGUGCUAACAUUGAUAACAUGGCCUUCUUUGCACUGGAGGAUGGAAUGUCUGCAAAUAUUAAAACACAAUAUACCGACAAGGUAAGACUUCCUACUCUCUCAUGGAACAGUGACAAUUCCUACAUUAAUGAGAUCACUCUUAAGCAGGAUGGCUUAAAAAUCCUUCUGACCAUGACAGAAGAAGCCAAGGGCCAAAUAUAUGUAAAAGACGAGUCUGAUGAUAUCACCAUCAAGAGUAUCUCAACUAUAAUUAUAACUCCAACAACAGCCACGUUAACCAUGUCUGCAAAUGCUGAUAGUGGAUCUUUAAAGGUUGAACAGGAAAUAAAGGCUGAAUGUGUUGCUCUGAACUAUAUCGACUUUAAUGCCCGUUUUGACGGAAAUUAUGAUACAGGAGAAAAGUACUUGCUGAAUGCUUCCGGAAAGGUUGAUCUCAGAGAAAUGAAGGUAGUGAUGAAGGCAACCUAUGACACAAAAUUUGUUGGAUUGCUCAGUGGUACGUUUUCCAGUGCCUUCAACAUAUUAGUGCAUCCCUUUGAGGUGGUCCUUGAUUUCCAAAAUAAGGCUAAUACUAAACUUAGCUUCAAAGACCCUCUGACUGCCAAGAUUGAUCUCCAGAAUGAUUAUGCUGUUAUCCUAACCACUGACAUGCAGAAGUUGAGCACUGUGGCACUUGCUCGUUUCAACCAGUACAAAUACAAUCACAACUUUACAGUUGCCAACAAUGGAGAUGAGGCUGGCAUUUACGCUGCAGUAAAUGGAGAGGCCAAUUUGGAAUUCCUGACUGUCCCAUUCAGUAUCCCACCCAUUCAGUUCGGAGCAUUAAUUAUGAAUGUUGACACUCCAGAAAUCAGCAACAUCAACCUAUAUGAACAUACUGGCCUUAAGCAUUUGUUGACCAACUUUGACCAGGCUAUUGAUGUAGAUGCAAAGAUUGUCUACCAGAAGAGCAAAGCUGCACCCAUUUUAGAUCUUGGUCUCAUUAACAUCCAUCCUCUGGGUGAUUUAAUCUCAGAGGUGUCAUUCAAGUCCUCUAUAUUCAGCCUUAAUGCUAAUGCUGGUAUCUAUGGGAAAGAUAACCCUGUAAUUCGAUUUGAAGCAAUUACUGCCUCUGAGUUUGAGGGACUGAAGGCCAAGCUUGAAGGAACCAGCAGUCUGAGCACCAAAAGUGGAUUCAAAUUAGCCAAUUCUGUGGUCCUGGAAAAUCGCCACAUUGAUGGAACCCAUGAAAGCACUGUAACUAUAAACCCAGAUGACUUUGAAGUUGCACUGUCUGUGACCACAUCUGCAAACAUUAACCUACCGAUUCUUACAGCUAAAGCCAACCACCAAUUUACUGCUGACAAUAAGGCCCAUCCAAAUGCUGAUUCAACUUUUAAGACAGAGUACACAUUUGACAUUCCCAUUAUUAAGUUUGUUGGUAAGGGAAAUGCAGAAAACAUCUUAAAAGGUGAAGGAACUCUUACAUUUAUCUCUGCUGAGACUCUCAUAAAGGGUACCAUUGAUGGAACAUUCCUUGAUAGUGGUAUUGUAAAGGGAGCUCUGAAUUAUGACGAAUCCAUCUAUCUGAAUGGCAACAGUUUGCGAUAUGCUCUUAAGACUUUUGCCGAUGGCAACCUGAAUUAUGGAGAUCUCAAGGUAGCAUUUGAUGUGGAUGAAAACCUGUCUGUGGAAACAGCUAUGGAACAUGUUUAUGCUAUGUUGAAGUUUUCUUCCAAGAAUGAAGCAAAUAUCGGAGGUUUUAACACAAAGGGAGAUCAUACUGGCCAGGCUACAGUUGAUCUGGAGCUUCUAAAGUCACUGGUGGCUGAUAUGAAAAUGGACUUGUCUCAACCAAGCACCUUUGGUGACCUUAAGAUCUCUGAGAUGGUGUUGGUGGAGCUUAGUGUACCCAAGCAGAAAAUUGACUACACCUCAAAGAUCGUCUCUCCAGUAUACACCACAGAUGUUGUUGGAAAACUAGAUGGUAGUGUCCCAGUUUACAAGACUGUUCUCAAGGCUACAGCAACUUCACCAGUUGUGCUCCUGGAGUACAAUCUUGACAGCUCCAUGAGUACUACAAUGGAGAAUGGUGCCCUUGUUGUAGGAGCAAAUGCUGUACUUACACAUGCUGACUUCACAAUGGACAUCAGCAAUGUUAUUCGUAUGGGCGAUCCUAGCCAUACCCUGAAUGUGGACAUCACCAGCCCAACAUUCACCGAUGUAAACUUACGCUAUGCUGCUCGAAGCGAUGGCGUAAGUGCCUCAGUUUCCACACCAACAACUGGCCACCUUGGCUUCCAGCUUCAAGGAAAGAUUCCAUCUGAAAUGAAUGCAAGGAUCUACAGCCGUUAUGCUUCUGCACCAGGAGAUGAUGUUGAAAUUCUGAACAUCAGAGCUAUACCAAAGGGAGAUGAAAAAGUACUGUUGGUCAGCUACAAUAUACCAGACACAGAUUUGGCCAAAGGCUUUAUGGAGAGGCUACCAGUUAUCUCAAACCACAUUGAAGGAUUUGCUGAAAAAUAUGGCAUCACUGACGCACUAAAAAGACUGUUUAAGAUUCUUACUGAAGUUGAAAAUGUUUUAAGAGAUGCCCGCUUUUCUGCUUCCAAUCAGCUUAGUGAGCUGUCUAUACUUUUCAGAAAUGUAGUUGUUAUGUACCAAAAGACCAUCCAGGUCCUGCUCGAUGCUGCCAUCAACUUCCUGAGAGAGACCACAUACAAACUGCCUGGAAUGGAUGAGGCAACACUGCCUGAAAUCUACACAAAAAUCAGAUUUAUGAUUGCGGAAAUGCUGGAGAAACUCGCUAACAAUCUGGAGAUGUAUUUCUCUCCCAUCUUGGAGAACUUCAGCAGAGUUGAAAUGACAGUUCCCUCCGGAAAGGUCAUGACUUUAGCCGAGGUGCAAGAAAAUGUGAGAAGUACCCUGAGAAGCCACCUAGCUAUGAUAGUAGAUGUGAUGAAGCAAACAAAAGGCCUUGAUGUGUUUCUUGAGAAACUAGGACAGACCCUACAAGAGGUGGUUGAUAAAGCACAAGAAUUUGUAGACAGCAUUAAAUCCGACAUCUUAGAAGUUGUUGCUGCUCCCCUUAACACUUUCUUCAAAAAGCUGCCGGAGGCCUUCAAUGAAUUGGGUUCAAUGUUUGUCUUCUUAGUUUUGUUUCCUUUAGGUGAAUUAUACAGCAUCAUUUUGACCAACUGGGAGGAAUUUAUUAAUGCAUACGAUGGAAUACAGCAAAUUGAGCUUCCUUUGCCUUUUUUCCAGUAAUCUGGUCAUUUUGAAAAAAACAUUGAAUGAAAUAAACACUACCAUCUUUUGGAAAGAGCAUUCUUAAAUGGACAUUCAAGUCAAUGGACACUUAACUGAAGUGUAAUACCAACAUGUAUAUAAAGCAAUCACUGAUGCCAUAAAUGUCUCAUUAUUAUGCUGUUGUAUUGUUCUAUUUGUAUAAAUGAUUACUCAAAAACUAACCUUGGUACAAAAAUGUCAAUUGUGACAUAUAGUUUCAUCCUUGUUCUGUAUCUGAUAUUAAUGGCAUGAUGGAUGAGGCUAAAUAAAGAACUUUUAUUAUGCAA